UUUUACUUAAAAUGGUGCAGAAAAUAAUUGGUUCUUUAGUACAUUUUUUGUGGAAUACUUGGAAGGAUUGAAAAAUCAUCUAAAAGUGCAAGUUCAGUGGAUCUCCUACAAUGCAGUUAAUGGACAAAUCUAAUAAACCAUGACAGAUUCACCAUUCACUAAAAAGAGGAGUGUCUUUGUGAAGACGUACUCCAAAGUCCGACCGCUCCAGACCUUCAGACCACAUUUCCCACCAUCCAAAAACACUGGAAAUUCAUUACCAGCUUCACCAUUCCGUUGUGUUUUACCGCCAAGUAUUGCACCAACCGUGGCUCCUGCUAACUCACCGUCUUCAGAUUCUUCCUGUUCAGAUCAUUUGGACAUUGAGAUAAUCCCUUCAAGCGAAGCGGAUAAAUGUGCGACCGAGGAAGAAGAUGAGAAAUCGUUUGUUACUCUUACUCCUGGAGCCAAGAAAUCUAAGAAGAUUGACACCAAGAAGAAGUCUUCUACCCCGUUGCAGAACAUCAGUAACUUCAUCAAUGAAAGGCAUUCUAAUAAGGUUGUACCUAAGCGGACAGGAGCUCCCUUCAUGUGGCUGAACACCAAGAGCAAACAACGUGCCCAGCUAGACUCAAUACAAGAGUCGGAUCUGGAAUCCUCUUCAGGUGAUGAUUCUGAAUGUGUGACUGAUACCAGAGGCAAACAGAAAGCGGCUGAUUCCAAAAAGAAGACUGCUGCUCAAGACCCAAAGGAUGUUGAGAUGGAGGAUUGUCAAGAAAGAAGAGGCGGAGUGAAGAAAAACCGUCAGCACAAUCAGUUUCUACAGCCAAGAGGAGGCAAGCUGCACGUACCAUUCUUUGUACGAGGCAGAGGAGUUUUCUCAAGUCCACAUUGUAGAGGAGGCAAAGAGCAAAGUUCCUCCCAGCUCAGUGGAUCUACUGCAUAUUAUACUGAUAGCUGCAGUACUGCUGCAUACACUGGGGAAAAUGAGGUAACAUCUGAUGACUCUACCCUGAUGAUGUUUGAUGACACGGGAAGUAGAUACUCCACGACAGAAGACACCCUGAUGGAGGAAGACUACUCCGACAUUGAAAUACUCAGAGAUGUUCCAGACCCAGCAGUGAGGGUCAUGAAGUCUCUUACUCCCAAGGUAGCCCAGUUGUUCUUACCCAAUGCAUCCAUGGCUACACAAAGAAAGAAUGCAGUCAAUACAACCAAAGCUAUGCCUAGAAAAGUGUCUUCAGCAUGGCUCAACAAAAAGCCUGUCACAGGUCGGAAGAACUCCACCCUGGCAGAAGAUGUGUCUGCAUUGAACAUCCAGGAGUACGACCCCAUCCAGGAAAUAUCAGCAAUCAAAGAAGAUAACUCCAGGGCUAAGUUUGCAACCAGCAAGAUAACAUCAACACCAACAAGCAAAGGCAGGAACACAUUGAUUCACAACAGGUUCAUGCUGGACACGUCAUCUAUUGAGGGUGAUGCAUGUGCACUUCCAACCAUUGAAGCUAUGCCGACAUUGAGUUCAUCCUUAUUCAGUGAGUCCUAUAUGGCAUCAUCAAGUAAUCAGAGACCAGGCACUAAGAAAACCUUGGGCCCAGCCGAACAGUCUGAACAGAAGCUUGCCUCUGCUCCAAGAUCAGUCAAACUCUCGUCGACUUUUAGAAGUAUGAGCACACCACUCGGCAUUCAGGGGAAGAAAGCUCAAACACUGGAGAGGUCCUCCCCCAAGAUGUCUCCAAGAAUCUCGUUCAGGCAAUACCCCAAGUCGGCAUCGAGCAGCCUCAGAAACAACACUGCAAUGGUCUCAACUGAAAGCGUGUCUAGGAACAGCAGCAGCAGCAAGCAAGUGAAGUUCCUCUUGUCCAGUAAAGCCCGAGAAAAUUUCAGCGAGCCUGCCUCAAUUGUACCUUGUGCGGUGAUACAUAUACCAGAAUUGUGCCCAUCUCCUAGCAUCCUUAAGAAGACACAUUCCUUUGAAACGUCAAAGCAUCAUGACACUUUAAGAUCAUCAAUAAGCAAAGAGAGCAGAGGAGGUACAAGGUUGACCAGCACACCUCAGAGACCAUCAAGAAAAACUAAGGGAGCUCAUAUGCUAGCAUUAUCCUUUGAUGUGUCGGCUGUAGAUCUCCCAUCAUGCAGUGAUGAUGACUUGGUUUAUAUCAAUGCGCCAAAGCAACUACAAGUCAAGGCUACGUCUAGUGUGACCCACCAGAAGGAGGCACCAUCCACACCGGCAGUGUGGCACAGCACACAAGCAACACCGGCAGUGGGGCACAACACACCAGCAACACCGGCAGUGGGGCACAACACGCCAGCAUGGGACACAGCACACUGA